AGGGUUGGGUUGUCUGUUAAGUUUGACACGCACAAGCACACAAACACAAUCCCUCGACUGUAUCACCGUAACAACACUCUAUCUGCACACAUAUCUAUAAUAUUCAACUCGUUCACUCUAGUCAAAUCAUCAUUCGCAAGAUAACAAUUCUACUUAGUUUGAUGAUCGCUACUUCUUCUCAUCACAAAUUAUUUAUUAUUAUAUCUCUUUCGUUCAAAGGAUUGGGCGAGCAAUCCAAUUUGGACCUUUGACCUGUUUGAGUAGAUAGCAGAUUUGAGUUGGUUAAGUAAGAGAUAAAUUAUAGUUAUGGCGGCCGCUCCAACUGAUCGCCAACCACUACUUGUCAAUUCGGAUGUUAUAAGCAAUGAUGAUAAUAACAAUUGUAAUUCCGCGAGCAUUAGUACUAGUUCAGAUAUUACUAGUUCUCUAAGUGGAGGUGGAGAUAAGGAGAUGGCUCCGGUUCCGGGAAGUUCGAUUCACCGAUCAGGCUCUCGUCCGCAGCUUGAUUUGAGUGGCGCGGCUAUUCAGGGGAAUUUUGAGGAAAAGGAUCCUACUAUUUUGUUGCCUAAUCAGUCUGAUGAUAUCUCGCAUUUGGCGUUGGAUAUUGGAGGAUCACUUAUAAAGCUGGUUUAUUUUUCAAGACACGAGGAUCGUUUAAUUAAUAAUAGGAGAACGAAGUCUGUCAAGGAGAAAUUUGGUCUUCCUACUGGUAUUAGGAGGAGCUACCCUAUCCUUGGGGGAAGACUCCAUUUUGUCAAGUUUGAGACACACAAGAUAAAUGAGUGUCUUGACUUCAUCAACUCAAAGCAACUUCACCGUGGCGGAAUGGAUUCACUGGGCUGGCAAUCCGAGGUCGAAAGCAAUGAAAACGCAGUGAUUAAGGCUACAGGCGGUGGAGCAUACAGGUUUGCUGAUCUCUUUAAAGAAAAGCUUGGUGUUACUAUCGACAAAGAAGAUGAAAUGAAUUGUCUUGUGGCGGGUGCAAAUUUCUUACUAAAGGCUAUUCGUCACGAAGCUUUCACACACAUGGAAGGUCAUAAAGAAUUUGUCCAAAUUGACCAAAAUGAUUUGUUCCCUUAUCUUCUGGUCAAUAUUGGAUCCGGUGUUAGUAUAAUAAAGGUUGACGGGGAUGGGAAAUUUCAGCGUGUUAGUGGAACAAAUGUGGGUGGUGGUACAUAUUGGGGUCUGGGAAGGUUGCUGACCAAGUGCAAGAGUUUUGAUGAACUUUUGGAGCUAAGUCAACGAGGCGAUAAUAGUAAUAUAGACAUGCUUGUUGGUGAUAUUUAUGGUGGUCUGGAUUACUCAAAGAUAGGUCUAUCAGCAUCUACGAUUGCUUCUAGUUUUGGCAAAACAAUAUCUGAAAAUAAGGAGCUUGGAGAUUACAGACCAGAAGACAUUUCUCUUUCUCUUUUGAGAAUGAUAUCAUAUAAUAUUGGACAGAUAGCUUAUCUAAAUGCGCUGAGAUUUGGGCUUAAGAGGAUAUUUUUCGGCGGAUUUUUUAUAAGAGGCCACGCUUAUACCAUGGACACUAUCUCAUUUGCAGUGCAAUUUUGGUCUAAAGGAGAGGCGAAAGCAAUGUUCUUGAGACAUGAAGGGUUUUUGGGAGCUUUAGGUGCAUUUAUGAGCUACGAAAAACAUGGUCUGGAUGACUUAAUGGUCCAUCAGUUAGUGGAGAGGUUCCCUAUGGGUGCACCAUAUACUGGAGGAAAGAUUCAUGGUCCACCACUAGGUGAUCUGAAUGAAAAGAUAUCGUGGAUGGAAAAAUUUGUGCAGAAGGGAACUGAAAUUACUGCUCCUGUUCCGAUGGCUCCCCCAGGAACUACUGGCCUUGGUGGCUUUGAAGUUCCAUCAUCUAAAGGAGAUAGUCUGCGGUCCGAUGCUAGUAACUUAAAUGUUGGUGUUCUCCAUCUCGUACCCACGUUGGAAGUGUUUCCGUUAUUGGCUGAUCCUAAAACAUAUGAGCCAAAUACUAUAGAUCUCUUGGAUCGUGGUGAGCUAGAUUACUGGUUCACUGUGCUUUCUGCACAUUUACCUGACCUUGUUGAUAAGGCAGUGGCGAGUGAAGGGGGCACUGAAGAUGCCAAAAGAAGAGGCGAUGCAUUUGCUCGUGCAUUUUCCGCCCACCUGGCAAGGUUGAUGGAGGAACCUGCUGCAUAUGGAAAGUUAGGGCUUGCCAACCUCUUGGAACUAAGGGAAGAAUGCUUGAGGGAGUUUUACUUUGUUGAUGCCUAUAGAAGCAUAAAACAGAGGGAAAAUGAGGCGUCACUUGCUGUUUUACCUGACCUUCUGUUGGAGCUUGAUGGUAUGGAUGAGGAAAGAAGGUUGCUUAUGUUGAUAGAAGGUGUUCUUGCUGCAAACAUAUUUGAUUGGGGAUCUCGUGCUUGUGUUGAUCUUUAUCAUAAAGGAACAAUAAUUGAAAUUUAUAGAAUGAGUCGAGACAAGAUGCAUAGACCUUGGCGGGUGGAUGAUUUUGAUGUUUUCAAAGAGAGGAUGUUGGGAUCGGGAGACAAGAAGCCUCACCCUCAUAAAAGAGCGUUACUCUUUGUGGAUAAUUCAGGUGCAGACAUUGUUCUUGGAAUGCUUCCACUUGCAAGAGAAUUUCUCCGUCGUGGAACUGAAGUUGUUCUGGUCGCGAACUCCCUGCCUGCGUUAAAUGAUGUUACUGCUAUGGAACUUCCUGAAAUUGUAGCCGAGGCUUCUAAGAGCUGUGACAUUCUCCGACGAGCUGCAGUAGCAGGAGGCCUACUUGUUGAUGCAAUGAUUAGCAGCCAAGAUAGCUCUGUAGAUAAUUCAUCUUCGGUCCCUUUAAUGGUUGUUGAGAAUGGGUGUGGUAGCCCUUGCAUAGACUUGCGACAGGUCAGCUCAGAGUUGGCUGCUGCAGCAAAAGAUGCUGAUUUGAUCAUCCUUGAAGGAAUGGGUCGUUCUCUGCAUACCAACUACAAUGCUAAGUUUAAAUGUGAAGCUCUCAAGCUCGCCAUGGUGAAGAAUCAGCGUUUGGCUGAAAAGUUGAUAAAAGGGAACAUAUACGACUGCGUCUGCAGAUACGAGCCUGCUAGCUGAAAGGUUCCAUGUCAUGUGUUCUGUUCCACCUCUACAGUUGAACUCUUGUAUAAAUUUUCGCUUGACUAGCAUUCUGUUAAGUUGUAAUGUCAGCUUCGUUAUUGCUGACAGGUGAAGGGAAAAUAUAUUAUCGGCCAUCGGUUCCUAGGCAGGUGUAUUGUUAAGUUGUAGAAUUCUAAAUUAAAAAUCUUUUACUUCCUAACUUUAUGAUACUUUAUUUCCAUUUC